AAUCUAGUAACCGAACCCGAACCAAUCUACAAUAAAAACAACAACACCAACAGUAGGGAAAUGUUGCACUGCAAACUCGAACGAAAUGGAUUUUCAGUUUGUCUCGCUUUAUUUCGCGACGUCAAGAAUGCAAAAGAUAUCAAACAACAUGUCAUGAAUGGCGAGCUAGAAAUGACGCUGCUUAAUACAAAAAUGGUAACAGAUCCAUUUCAAGUCCUGGUGGCUGCAAACCGUGCAGUUUGCAAUCAGAGGCAGGCAAGAAUGACUACGAAGAACGUCCAUUCAGAAGUUCUUUUCUGCUUGUCUCCCCUUAAAAAUAUUUCAGACUCCUUCCGCAAGUUUGGUAUGUCAGACUCAGCAGACAGCGUGUUUGUUGUGAUCGUUAACGAUACUGAAGACAAGACCCUCCACAGGCUGAUAGAGAUCAUCGAUGGGCAGCAGGUGGCUGUGAGCGAUGUAAAACACUUCUGUGAUGAAACACUUGUGAAAAAGAUGUUCAAAGUGACUGAUGAAGAACUAAGUGUAUGCUCUCUGACAGAUGCUCUUGUGUCAAAGAUUGCCAGCAAAGAAUUUGUGACAGUCUGAGCAGGUGUAGGAAUGUAGUCAUCUUAUAGUCACUAGGAGCCAGCUUGAAAAAAACAGGACUUGUUAUCACUGAGAUCCAGCUUUAAAAACAGGACUUGUAAUCACUGGGAACCAGCUUGAAAAAACAGGAUUUGUUAUCACAGGAAACCAGCUUGAAAAAACAGGACUUUUAAACACAGGGAACCAACUUGAAAAAAACAGGCUUUGAAUAAAUUCUAGGAUGUUUGUGGUACAAGCUGUCUGUAAAAAUUAAUUUGAGCCUUGUGUGGGUUAAACAGGGUUUAAUGCAUGUGAAUAUUGUCGUCCCAGAUUAGCGUGUGCAAUCAGCACAGGCUAAUCAAGGAUGAUACUCAGCUUUUAUGGAUUUGUUUGUUUGAAGGUCUUUUCUUAGCGAAAAUCAAGUUUACAUGGAAAGUGUUGUCCCUGAUUACCUUCAUGCAGUAAACCCCAUUUUCUCAGUGUGAGGCUUAUUAUAGCGUGAAUAGGAACUAAUAAGAAUACCUGUUGAAUGUCUUCCUUGUAUUGGUAUUUAUAUGCAAGGCAUAUGUUACUGAAAGUGUGUGAAAUGCAUUGUAAAACAAUCUUAUUCUUUGUACUGCAAGGGUAAGGAUUUUUUGGGGGUUGCUACAUCAUAUGGUUGUCCUCUACUAAUUUUGUUCAAAUGAUGCCCCUGGGGUGUAAAAAUAGCCCCUCCCUAGUUUUUAUGCCCCCUUUCGAAGAAAAGGGGGCAUAUAGUGAUCGGACUGUCUGUCUGUCCGUCUUUCCGUCACACUUUGCGUUUAGGUUUUGAAAAAUGCUCAUAACGUCUAUGUCCAUUGAGAUAUAACCUUCAUAUUUGGUAUGCAUGUGUAUAUGGACAAGGCCUUUCCAUACGCACACAAUUGUUUACCCCUGUGACCUUAACCUUGAAGUUAGGAUCCGCGUUUAGGUUUCGAAAUCUGCGUUUAGGUUUUGAAAAAUGCUCAUAACUUCUAUGUCCCUUGAGAUAUAACCUUCAUAUUUGGUAUGCAUGUGUAUAUAGACAAGGCCUUUCCAUACGCACACAAUUUUUACCCCUGUGACCUUGAACUUAGGGUCCGCGUUUAGGUUUUGAAAUCUGCGUUUAGGUUUCGAAAAAUGCUCAUAACUUCUAUGUCCCUUGAGAUAUAACCUUCAUAUUUGAUAUGAAUGUGUAUAUGGACAAGGCCUUUCCAUACGCACACAAUUUUUUACCCCUGUGACCUUGGCCUUGAAGUAAGGGUCCGGGUUUAGGUUUUAAAAUCUGCAUUUAUGUUUCAAAAUGCUCAUAUCUUUUAUGUCCCUUGAGAUAUAACCUUCAUAUUUGGUAUGCAUGUGUAUAUGGACAAGGCCUUUCCAUACGCACAAAAAUUUUGACCCCUGUGACCUUGACCUUGAACUGAGGGUCCGUGUUUAGGUUUUGAAAUCUGCGUUUAGGUUUCAAAAAAUGCUAUAACUUCUAUCAAAGCGUUUAUAGGGGGCAUAUGUCAUUCUCUGGUGAUAGUUCUUGUUUUUAUAUAUAAAUAUAAUCAAAACUUAUCAAAUUCACAUAACGUUUUUAAUGUGUCGCAGGUGAGCGUGCUGCAGUCUUUAUGCCCUCUUUAAUGUUUGUCUCAGACUGUGUCAAAUCUGUGUCAUACAGAGUAAACAUUUCUUCAUAAAAACCGCACUUAUUAUUCAAACUUCACAAAAUCUGCACAUACGAGUUUAGUUUAAACAUAUAUCAGGUGAGCCACCGAGUGUGACCUAGUGUGUAAAUGUCAUCUUGUUUUUAUGUGUGUGUCCCUAUUUGUUGCAGUAUAAUGUGACCUUGAACUUUGGGAAUGAACUCAAUAAAUCAACGUGAAACUUU